AUGUCCGCAGCUACACCCACCCCCGAAGACGCAGGUCUCCCUCCACCUCCCACCGCCCCUCCGCCCUCAAAUCCCCCAAUCUCCCACCAAACCUCCCCCACACCCACCACCACCACCACCACCACCACCACCUCCAAACCCACAAUCCUCCACCUCGGCGACGACAUCCGCUGGAACCACGACCUCUACGCCCAACUCAGCCAACACUUCCACAUCGCGCGUUCCUACUCGAUGCCCCGCGAGGAAUUCAAGACUGCCCUCCGAGAAAACCGCUGGGGCUCCUUCGUCGCCAUAUACCGCCCCUUCUGGUCCACGGGCGGCGAAAUGGGGCCCUGGGACCGCGACCUCAUCUCCCUGCUCCCAUCCAGCUGCAAAAUCUACGCCAGCGCCGGCGCAGGCUUCGACUGGGUCGACACCAAAGCCCUAGCCGAAAGAGGCAUCAUCUACUGCAACUCGGCGCCCGCGUGCACCGAAUCCGUCGCCUCGACCGCGCUGAUGAUGCUCCUCUCGACGUUCCACAUGGCGAUGCCGUCGCUGCUGGCCGCGCGCUCGCUGUCGGCCGAGCAGUUCCGCCACGCGAACCAGACGCUCGCGGCGCGCAUCCGGAAUCCCAACGGGCGCGUCUUGGGCAUCAUCGGCCUGGGCAGGAUCGGGUUCCGCAUCGCGCAGAAGGCGAGGCUGGCGUGCGAGAUGCGCAUCUGGUACCACGACGUGGUGCGCCAGCCCGCGGAGCGCGAGGAGGAAAUCGGUGCGACGUGGUGCGAGUCGUUGGACGAGUUGUUGCCGGGUGCUGAUUGCGUGGUGCUUGCUACGCCGUUUGAGGGCCGGGUGCUGCUCUCAAGGCGCGAGUUCGCAAUGUUUAAGCCGGGGGCGAGGUUGGUAAAUAUUGCGAGGGGGAAACUGGUCGAUGAGGAUGCGCUGGUCGAGGCGUUGGAUGAGGGGAGGAUAUCGGCUGCGGCGCUGGAUGUGCAUGCCAAUGAGCCGUAUGUGGAUGAGAGGUUGGUGAUGAGGGAGAAUGUGUUGGCGACGUGUCAUACGGCGGGGGCGAGUGUGGAGAGCCAUGUUGGGUUUGAGAGGUUGGGGAUGGAGAAUCUGAUGGGGUAUUUUUUCGGAGAUGGGCCGGUUACGCCGGUGAAUCUGCAGUGGUUGAAGAGGAGCGAGGAGGAGUAG